CACACAAUAGAUUGUUGAGCAACGAGGAUCGCGAGUCAGCUCCUUGAAUGCGCAUCUGCAUUAGUGAGCUCCCCCUCUCUACCCGACCGAGGUCUCUCUCUGUGCCGCCGUGGAUUCAUUGCCUCACUCAUUGAAUUGAGUGCGUUGUGGGAGGAUCGCUACCUUCAGCCACUGACUAACCUCAUAGGGAUGCUCGAGCACAGACAGUGAGGCCCGGCUUGAGUUUGAGGCAUUCUCAUCAGCUUAACAUCUCGGAUAGGAGACCGACCCACUUUGAGUCGCCGGAACGCUAGGCAACGGGUCGGACAGGGUGUACUGCAGGAGAAUCUGGAACAACACGGAUUGCAGUAGCGUGGUGUCUGUCUUCUGUUGUUUAACUUCACUUUGCUUUGGGUCCCAUGAGCCCGUGAGUGUGAAAUAGGAGAGCUUCCAGAAGGCAUCUGGUCCAAGCCAGCUGAUCCAAGUUUCUUGACAUUGGUGCCCGUCUCUGUGUAAUUGAAUUCCGUGGGUGUUACUUUCCCGAUAAUCCCGGGAAAAGCCAUUGGUCGCCCCAGUGAGCGUGAGGAUCAAGUUUGGCGAAUCCUUAAUAGCGUUUCCAAAUUGACGAACCACCGCGUGGCCAAGCCUCCAUUAGGCGGAAGUUUUAGGACCCUUGACUGGUCCUUCACCUUUCACGGAAAGGUGUCUCAGAUGCCAUUUCUCCGUGUGUGUUUUUUAUCGUUGGAACCAUAAGAAAAAUAACGGGAAGACAGAGACAUAAGGCGGAAACCCGAGUUGCAUCCAAAACACGUCUAAACGAAAUAUGUUGUGCUCCCGACUUCUUGCCAAACCACGACAGCCCCACCAGCGUCUGGGACAGAUAUUUUUUACGCAUUGUUCACUGAAUUUUUUUAAUCAUCAACAGGCAUGAGUAGAAUCCUAUUGUUGGUCCCGACGCCCCAGUUGCCCCGUCAGAUUUCCAAUAAGGUGAUGUUGAUGUGUUCCCAAUGGAAAUGUGUUGGCACUUCCAAAGUGUGCCAAAAAGUAUUGCUAGCCGUCUGAAGGCGAUCCAUUAUCCCUGUCAGGCAUUCCAUCUUCAUCGAGGUGGCUGCUCAGUGAUUCAGCAAUUCGUUUUGAAUUGGAAAGAACAACAAGAGGAGAACAUGAAUCCUUAAAAAAAAGUAAUUUUCCGCUUUCUUGCCCACUGCUAUCAUUCAAUUGCCACGUCUCGAGCCGGGUGAAAGUAUGACAGAGAGAAAAUAGUGAACGUGUUUGUGCGAGUCUGCAGGUCCACAUAGGAUUGAUAGCUCUCGAUUAUACGUUACGAACCCAAGAGAUCACCAGAGACUCGAAAAAAUAGGGUUCUGUCUACCCCUCUUCCAAAUCUUCAGAGAGGAGGACCAUUGGUGGGGUUUUGCUUCUCCUGCACUGACAACACCGCACCAUCACCUUCGUCCGUCAGUUAAUUCAGGACAUGACUUCGUGCUCCUUUGGGGGUUAUUGAGUGCCGCAAGUUUUCCUUGCCAUCUUCGAGAUCACGAGAUCACGAGAGGAGAAGAAGAGAUAAUGAUGAUGGUGAUCCCAACCAGAUGAGAGGGAAUGUGACACCGGAGCGACAGAUCGUGCAAAAAAAGAAGUGGGAGACAGCCACAACAAUGAAAACAUUUGCCUCCAAUCACUCAGCACGUAAUUGACAAAGCCUACCACCACACCGAAGAAAGGUGCAGGCAAAUUCCCCCCCUUUUUUGCUUUUUGCUUUUUCCUUUCACUCGCUCGUUCGUUCAUUCUUUCAUUUUGCUCAAAAAGUGGAAGAAUCUGUUCAGGCAGUCAGUUAGUCAGUCGAGUUUCGACUCCGAACUCUCGGCGUGUCAAUCUCGUUCUUCUCGUCGUCUUGUUUUUGUGUGGGGAAUCGUGACAGAAAAAUGAGGCAGAAUUUUGAUGGAUGUGCUUCGGUCGCCACCGUGUCGAGGUAGAAGUGUAACGCCGGCCACUUAGGUUGGCAACCUUCGCGGAGUCUAAUUGAAGCAAAUUGUUAGUUCGUCAUCGGGCCAAGAGCAAGCGGGUCCUACCCACAAUACCUGCAAACCCGCAGCAGCCUUCAACGACGAGCUAGUCGACCGUGCUCUCCCCAUCAUCAUCAUCAUCAUCAUCAUCAUCGAGACGUGCCACCUUGAAGGCCAUCUCUGUAUCUGUCACUUCAAUCUUCCGGUCAGAGAAACCUGUGUCAAAGAUGGGGCGGCGAGAGACAGAAGAACAAGGACAACAACAACAACAACAACAACAACAACAACAGCAAGAAGUACAAGAAGAAGGCCACAGAAUUGGCGACCAACUCUUGGCGGUUCGCUUUGAUCCGUGUGUCCAUCUGCGGUGCCGCUUGGGAUGAAAAAGAAAAACUCUCUGGACUUGUUAUGCGAGAACCAAAAGUUUACCUCCGAGGGCAUUCAGCACGACAACUCUGCAUCUAAUUCUUCAGGAUCUCCUAGUUCCCCCAUCCCGCAAUACGACCACUAAUACCCCCUAAGCCUCGUCUCUAUCAUGUUCUUUGGCUCCAAGCUGUCAUGUGCAAACCAAGUGGGCAAAAACCAUUGAAAAGUAGCUCAUUGUCAGGCUAUUUAUCGUCACCAUCCGGACAACAGCGGGAUCCAUCCUGGCCGUCGUGCUUGUGCUUGUUGUGUCCCACAAUACUUUAUCCGGACGACGACCUACUGGUGCGAGGCGUUCGACACCUCGCCAUUGAUCCAGAUUCGUCAACGAGGUCGCAGAAAACAAGUGCCAAAAACAGACAAAACAUUCGUUGCCAUUAUCCCAGCCUGGACAGUUUAGUAGAGGCCCAUCGAUCGAUUGACGUCGAUAGUGUUCGUGAUUCCACUGAUUGGAUAGUAGACCGAGAAGUGCUUCGAUCCUCCGGUCAUCCAAACGUCACCACCAACGGCUCCAAUCGUCACUGUUUCUACUGCUCUUACCCUUCUCUCCAAGUGUUCCUGCCUUCACUAGACACUAACCAUGUUGGACGUGUUUCGAGGUCUCAAAGGCCUCGUUAAAAUUAGUUCAGUGACUAUCGAUUCGUCGAUUUUUCGCCUGCAUUAUUCAGCAUCGGUCAGUUUCCUGUUGGCCUUCUCCCUCAUAGUGACCACUCGUCAGUAUGUGGGCAAUCCCAUCGAUUGUAUUCACACCAAAGACAUCCCUGAGGAUGUGCUCAACACAUAUUGCUGGAUCCACUCCACAUACACAAUUCCGAGUGCCUUCUGGAAGCGGAUUGGGAUUGACGUGGCCCACCCUGGCAUCGACAAAACCGUCGACCCCGAGGAACGCAGAUAUGUCAAGUAUUACCAGUGGGUGUGCUUCUGCCUAUUCUUCCAGGCAAUCCUGUUCUAUGUUCCUCGAUGGCUGUGGAAGAAUUGGGAGGCCGGCAAAAUUGUGGCCCUCAAAAUGGACCUGGAUCUCGGGAUCAUCACCGAGGCGGAAAAGCGUCAGAAGAAGAAGCUCCUUCUCGAUUACCUCCAUUCCAACCUCAAGAAUCACAACUUCUGGGCCUACAGAUACUUCUUUUGUGAAUUCCUUUCAUUGCUCAAUCUUUUCGGUCAAAUGUUGCUCAUGGACAAGUUCUUUGAUGGGACGUUCCUCACAUUUGGCAUCGAAGUGAUCUCGUUCGCUGAGCGCGACCAAGAGGAUCGUAUCGACCCCAUGGUCUACAUCUUCCCUCGGAUGACCAAAUGCACGUUCCACAAGUUUGGAACGUCCGGUGAGAUCGAGAAACACGAUGCCAUGUGCAUCCUGCCUCUGAACAUUGUCAACGAGAAGAUCUACAUCUUCCUCUGGUUCUGGAUGCUCCUCUUGUUCAUCCUCACCACCUUGGUGUGCGUCUAUCGAGCCAUGAUCAUCUUCUCACCCCGGAUGCGGGCCUACUUGCUCUACAUCCGGUUCAGGCUCAUCAAGAAGGAGUGUAUCAAUAUCAUCAUCAAGAAGACCAAGAUGGGCGAUUGGUUCUUGUUGUACAUGCUGGGACAGAACAUUGACUCGAUCAUCUUCAAGGAAGUGGUCCACGAGCUGGCCAGAAAAUUGGGCUAUCACAACAAGGACAUCUACGAUACCUAGUCCCAUGGGUGAGACUUGACCUUUGUGUUCCUGUUCAAAUGAGCGACACUCAUGGGGGACCACGGUGAAUGAAGUUCGUGCUUUCGAAGAAAUUUCAAUCAUUGAAGAAAAGGCGAGAAAUUGACUUGGUCCAACGGCAUCUUGGUUGGUGGUCCGUUAUUGUUUGAGCCUUUUUCCUGAACGGUUUUGAUGCUCCAAUCAUAAAUGCCUCGACGAAAGAAGAACGUCAGUGAUGCUCUUUGACAAACAUUGCGAUCCAACGAAGAGGGCUGCUGACUGUGCAGCCUCACAGCCUCAUAGCCUCGCAGUCUCGUAGCCUCAGAGCCUCGCACAUCCCAUGAGAAAAACAGUGCUUUGAAUUCCGCGUGGUCGUUCCACGUGGCCGUUCCAAAGAAAACAUCAUCACCCAUUCACACCCGAAUAACUAGAACAAAAACAAGAACUGCCACUGCCAAAACAAUAACGAUAAUACUAAUAAUUCUGUGUGGACAUUUGACCACAGAGUUUUUUCAUGCUUCGAGAGCUUUUUUGACUUCAAAACAACUCACUCUCUCUGUCUCUCUCUCUUCCGAGAUUUUGCUAUAAGCUUUUGCGCGAAUCAAGACUUGAAGGAGAGCAGUCCCAUUUUCCAGUAGAAUUAGACUUUGAAUUGAAAAAACAAAACAAUUACUAACCCUGUUCCAAGGGCCCCCCCCAAUGUAUAUGUACACUUUCUUCCACUGCUGUGACGAUGGCAGCGAUGGUUCAAGUGAUUUUCAUUGAUAUUGCUGAAACUAUUGUUAUUAUCAUUAUUAUCAUUAGUACCAUUAUUAUUAUUAUUAUCAUCAUUAUAAUCAUCAUUAUUAUUAUUAUAAUUACUACCACCAAUCUCGUCACCCAUUAUUGUAUACUUCCAAUUCUGCCCAUACCUUUCUCAUUAUCAACUAUAACCAUCAAUGAUCCAAUGCGAUGCCGAUAUUUAACUACGACUAUUACCACAAUUACUAGGUGCUGCCACACGUACGUACGCAUAUGAUAAUAUGUUAUCAUCAUUUUUAAAUGCAAAAUCUGUCUUUUUGUAACGGCGAAACAACAUUUGUCAAUGAGGGUAGUCAUCAUGCUAUCACUCAUGUGAGAAAGUAUUCAAUUCUAGGAGAAAUAAAAUUCAGUAACUUAUG